CUGGUUAAGAUGUCUUCUGAUAGAGGCCCUGUUAUCUAUGGCCUGGAGUCUCAAGGCAGAGCUCUGACUGCACGCACACUCACAGCCAGAGCUGGGGAGACGGACAAUAUCCAGUUCCUAGUGGGCACACAGAGCCUCAAGCAUGAGAACCAGGUCCACUUACUCGAGUAUAGUGAAGACAAUGGAGUACUGGACAAGACAGUGUACACACACGCUCCUGGAGAGAUAUGGGACUUGAGUAGCUGUCCGUAUGAUGCUGGCCUGGUGGCUACAGUGUAUGGGUGUGUGGUGGAGGGGAGGGUACUCAGUAAGGCUUCUCUAUGGAGACUGGGGAAGGAGGAUGAGGAGGGACCAUUAGAACAUGUUGCACAUCUGGAACUAGGAGAGAGAAAUGUUCGAUGCACUGCGUGGCACCCUGGUUGCUCCCCUCAACUAGUAGCAGUGGAUGAUAGCAAUGUGUCACUCAUAAAGCUAACAGAGUCCAGUGCUAAGGUGGUGAGUAGUGUCGAGCUAGGGGACAAAGGUCGUUCAUGUUACUCGUGUCUAUGUUGGAACCCUCACGGUCACUCUAACCAGCUGUUACUCUCAAUGGAUGCCACUAUAAAGACCUGGGACCUGCGCACAGCCAACAAGUUAUCCCUGUGUGUGGAGGGACCACAUGGACCGUGUGUGAGGGGAAUGGACUUUAACCCCAACAAACCUCACUACUUCUCCUCUUGCGGUGAUGACUGUACUGUCAAGUUCUGGGACAGCCGUCAUCUCGGAUCGCCAUUGGCAACCAGACAGGACCAUUCUCAUUGGGUAUGGACAGUACAGUACAACCUGUUCCAUGAUCAGCUGGUAUUGUCUGGUAGCUCUGAUAGUCGAGUGGUGCUCACUAGAAUGGCUUCCAUAGCCUCAGAACCUCUGCAUGCUCUAGAUGAUGAGGACGACCCAGCAGAAAGAUUGCCUGUACUGAAGGAUGAGGUGAUUGCUAGGUACGAGGAGCACGAGGACUCAGUGUAUCGCUGUGUGUGGAGUGUGGCUGAUGCGUGGGUGUUUGCAUCACUCAGCUUUGACGGACGAGUUGUCAUUAAUCACGUCCCUUCUCAGGAGAAAUUCUCUAUCCUCACUUCAUAAGAACAAUAGCAUUUAUAAUGUAACAAGAGCUAUUGGACAUUCACUGUUUAUGUUGUUAUUAUAUCGUUGUCACCACAUGA